AUGGCAUUUAGAAGAGGGGCACCGGCAUCGUUUACAUCCACAUCGAAUGAAGUCGAAAUUCUGUUGGAUCUGAAGAAGCAAGUCACUGUCCGUAAAUUUAACAACGUCAAUUUAGUCGAUAUCAGAGAGUUUUAUACUGAUAAGGAGGGCGUCAAGAGACCAGGUAAAAAGGGGAUAUCAUUGACUGAAGACGCCUACUAUAAGUUGUUGGAAGCAACCAAUAAGAUUCAAAAUGCUUUAGACGAUUUAAAUGGUGGGGCUCUGAACAAAAGAGUAAAAUUAGACAACAAGCAGGAAAAACGGGACAAGCCAUUGAAAAAGGAGCCUGAAAGGAAAGCUAUUGUUGAGAAAGAAGAAGAGGUGACGGAAACCAAGCAACAAGUCCCAGAACCACAAGAAGAGGAAGAAGAAGAAGAGAUCAGUGAUGCAGAUGAAUAG